AUGGAGAAUCAGCCGCCCCUCACAUCACCGGGUAAGAAGAGACUUUGCAAGACCAGUACAGAGGGUCAUCCUAGAUCAUCUGAUAAACACGUAAAGACAAUGUAUUCAGUCAGUGUGUGUGUUUCCUACAGAUGGAUCCAGUAAUGGGAACCCACCAGAGAGAUGUCCUCGUCUGUAUUCCCGGGAUGCCACACAGGAAGAUCAGGAUAUCCCUCUUCAUGAUUCGGGGGAAGAAGUAAUUGAUGUAAAAAUUGAGGUUAAAGAGGAAGAAGAUACGUAUGUGACAGGUGACCAGCUGUCAAUGAAGGAAGCUGAAAUGAUGGUGACAAUUACAAAGGAGGAAUCUUCUCUAGAUAUCAGCACAGGCAGCCAUGAUGGCUGGAAUACCUCAGAGGAACUACUUGUUUUAUCUCCCGAUUUUAAUGAAGAUGAUAACAGUAAUGCACAAUAUUCUCCAAAAACAAGCCCUGUUACUGAAAGGAUGCAUACAGGGAAGGGUCCAUUCUUGUGUUCGGACUGCGGGAAAAGUUUCACCCAGAAACGUUCUCUCAUUAUGCACCAGCGAACUCAUACCGAUGAGCGCCCAUUUCCUUGUCAGGAUUGUGGCAAAUGCUUCAAAGUGAAAUUUUGUCUUGAUCGACAUGCGGAACUUCAUGAAAAUCAGGCCUCCUUGUCCUGUUCAGAGUGCGGCAAGUCAUUUGAAAAGAGAUCUGAACUCCAUGUACAUCAGAGGGGUCACACCGGUAAGGAGAUCUUCUCUUGCCCUGACUGCGAAAAAUCAUUCAUAAGAAAAUAUGAUCUUCUUGUGCACCAGAGAAGUCACACCAGCGAGUCACCUUUUUCAUGUUCUGAUUGCAAGAAGUCCUUUAAAAAUAGACGAGAACUCGUUCGACACCAGAGAACCCACACCGGGGAAAAGCCUUUCUCGUGUUCUGUGUGUGGUAAGUCUUUCGCCCAGAAAUCACAACUCAAUACACACCAGGUAGUCCACACAGGCGAGAAGCCCUUCUCCUGUUCUGAGUGCGGCAAAUGCUUCCCCAGCAAAGGAAACCGUGAUAAACACAUGAGAAUUCACACCGGCGAGAAGCCAUUUUCCUGUUCAGAUUGUGGCAAAUGUUUUGCGCAGAAGGUGACACUAAUUAUCCACCAGAGAACACACACGGCACCGGUGAGAAGCCCCUUUCCCCUUCUAAGUGCGGCAAAUGUUUCCCCAGAAAACCAAACCGUCGAGAAGCCGUUUUCCUGUUCAGAUUGUGGAAAAUGUUUUGAGGAGAAAGUGACACUAAUUGUCCACCAGAAAACACAUACCACGCUAUUUGUCAACCAGAGAACACACACCACGUGAGGCCACAGAGAAACUUAUCAUGGCGUUUCAUAGGCUGAUUCGCUAUGUCCGUAGAACAAUGGUACGAUAAAGAUGGGGCAGUCUGAAAAGAUCAGCCAACCUAUAUGGAAUAUUUUUGUUUUAUGCUAAUUUUAAAUAUAUAAUUUAUUGUGCAUCUUUUUUAAAAUAAAAGUUUUUGCCCUUGUCUGUUGUAGGGAUUCUUCCUGUCUGUCCCAAUGAGAGUUGUCACUGGGACAAGAAGUCAGGAAAGUUUCCUCAACAGGGAUACAGAUAACAAUAACCUGAUAGAAGCUCCCACCUUCUCCAUGCUGUCAAAAAUUGGGGAAAAAAAAUUAGCUGGAUUUCCACUUAAAAUUACUGAAGUCCUCUGGGAACGGUGGUGGGUUCCCAGGCUGUCCCCCCAAGGUUACGUUACAUGAAGGCAUUCAUAACGGGACAGCAAUAAAAUAAAGUUUUCUUUGGUAAA